AUGAGUGAUAUUGCAAUUGUUGGAUACUCGUUCAAACUUCCCCAAGGCGUUGUGGAUGAUGAGGUGUUCUGGGAUGCUCUCGAGAACCGACGAAACUUGAUGACCGACUGGCCUGAAAGUCGUGUCAAGACAGAUUCAUUUGCCAGUAACAAACAUCAGAAGUGGAAUGGAAAAGGAGGGCAUUUCAUCAAUGACGAUGUCGCCGCUUUUGACGCCCCCUUCUUCUCUGUCACGGCAAAAGAGGCCUCGGCAAUGGAUCCCAUGCAGCGCUGGACGCUGGAAGCUACCUAUCAUGCCUUUGAAAAUGCGGGUCUCCCAGUUGAGAGUCUGAAGGGCUCUCGCACUGCUGUCUUCUCAGCCUCCAUGCUAGAGGACUACAGCAGAAUGACGGCCGUAGACCCAGAUAACUUGGAGAGGACGGCUGUCACAGGAAGUACUGUUUCAUGUAUCAUCCCCAACCGCGUCAGCUGGUACUUUGACCUGCGUGGACCAAGCAUUCACAUCAAUACUGCUUGCUCUAGUAGCUUGUCGGCUGUCGAUAUGGCUUGCAAGGCCUUGCGGAGCGGUGAUGCUUCAUGUGCUGUCGUGACGGGCGCAAACCUCCUUCUUGACCCAGGCAUCUUCCAGGUUCUGGCUAACCAAGGCUUUCUCUCACCUGAUGGGGUUUGCUACAGCUUUGACGAGAGAGCCAACGGCUAUGCACGCGGUGAAGGAGUCAUCGCUGUUGUUCUCAAGCCCGUACAAGCCGCUAUCGAGAAUGGGGAUAUGAUCCGAGCCGUGAUUCGGUCAAUCGGCUCGAAUCAAGAUGGCCACACCCCUAUUCUUACCCAGCCUAGCUCGCAAUCUCAGGAGGAGCUGAUUCGUCAUGUUUAUGAACAAGGAGGUCUGUGCAUGAGCGAAACUCGCUAUGUUGAGGCUCACGUGAUACUUGAGAAAGGAGUCAUCCCUCCCAACGCCCUUCUCCAGAGGAUCAACCCCGCACUAAACGCAGAGUCUUACAAUAUUGAAGUAAACCGGGACUUGAGCGGUAUCCAUAACACGAGCCUCUCCCCGAAACCUCUGACUAACGGCUCUGCCGUCACUAACGGACAUUAUACCAAUGGAACCAAUGGAACUAAUGGAACUAAUGGUGUAAUAAAUGGUCAUCCUGAAAUCGACCUUCCAAGGCUGUUAGUAUGGACUGCUGCAGACGAAAGAGCAGCCAAGCGCACUAUCGAAGCUUACGACAGCUUUUACAAAGAGAAAGCCUCAGGAAACCGUAAGAAGCUGGACUUUUUAGCUUCUACACUCGGCACACGACGUAGCAACAUGCUUUGGAGAGCCUCUGCUGUGGUUGAUGGAUCAGCCAAGGAAGAAUUAUCGCCUUCGAAGCCUAUUCGGAGCUCCGAGGAUCUUGGCCUGGCUUUUGUGUUCACAGGCCAAGGUGCGCAGUAUAUCAACAUGGGUCUGGGUCUCGAACAGUACCCUAUCUACAGGGAGACUCUAAAGAAGAUCAGCGGAAUUUACUCGAACUUUGGGUGCUCGUGGAACCUUUCUGGCAAUCAGCCACUUGCAACCGCUGUGCAGAUUGCCUUGGUCGAUCUGCUUGCCAGCUUUGGUAUUACGCCUGAGGUAGUUAUCGGUCAUUCCUCAGGUGAGAUCGCUGCAGCAUACGCGUCGGGUGGGCUAUCACUGGAGUCCGCUUGCAAGGUGUCUUACUUCCGCGGUCUCUUGGCUGGAAAGCUAAGAGAGACAAACGUAUCAUCUCCAGGCGCCAUGUUGUCUAUUAACCUGGCACCACAGCAUGUCUCGGAGUAUCUGGAGAAAACAGGCGUUGCUUCAGUGAACGUGGCAUGCAUCAACAGCCCUCUUAACACGACUCUCUCGGGACCUGAGGAGGCCAUCGACAAGAUCAAAGCUCGGGCAGAUCAAGAUGAUAUAUUUGCGCAGAAACUCAACACCGGAGUGGCAUAUCACUCGCCAUCUAUGAGAGCCAUCGCCGAUGAGUAUCUUGCUGCACUCAAAGGCCUCACCCAAAGGAAGGAUGGGGCAAGCACCUCAAUGAUCUCAUCCGUCACUGGCAAAAGUAUUUCUCCGGAGACACUGUCGACUGCUCAGUAUUGGGUUGAUAAUAUGCUGUCACCUGUGCGAUUUGCUGAAGUGGUUCAAGUUAUUACAAACAAGAACUCGGCGCGCAAGCUUGGUUUGGGCAACAUCACUGACCUCAUCGAGAUUGGACCUCACCCAGCCCUCCGCAGACCAGUGAAAGACACUUUGGGUGAGAUGGCCAGCGCGGCAAAGGGAACAAGAUAUAGCUACGCAUUGCAUAAAUCGCACUCAGCAGCUCAGACCACUCUGGAACUUGCUGGACAACUCUUUUGUCAAGGCUAUCCUGUGUCUAUCUCAGCGGUGAACCAACAAGACACCAAGCAGAAAUUUCUGGUCGACUGCCCCAAGUAUCCGUUCGACAGAUCACUGCGAUACUGGGCUGAAUCGCGUCUCAGUAGAGAUUUCAGGUUACGGGAGGCGGUCAAGGGAGAGCUUCUCGGAGUUCGCGUAUCUGACUGGAACCCACUGGAGCCUCGAUGGAGGAACUUCUGGAGCAUUGACUCAUCUCCUUGGACAGGAGAUCACAAAAUCAGUGACACUGUUCUGUUCCCAGCAUCUGGCAUGCUUCUCAUGGCUAUUGAAGCCGCCCAAGAAAUGGUUCCAUCGGGUCGUGCUGUCUUUGGGUUAAAUAUUGAGAGAGCUGAGUUUAUGAACCCCAUAAUCGUGCCGGAAGCUUGGGAGGAUCGCCUCGAGACACAGGUCCGCCUGCGAGUUGUCGACAAGCAACCAACUGCAAAGUUUGAUGUCGGUAUCUUUACAUAUUCGCGCAACGAAUGGGUCGAGUGCUUCAAUGCGAGUAUCUUGGUGGAAUAUAAGGACACCGACAGAAAUAAUGAGCGACGAUCGAACCACGAGCAUAUCCGGAGUCAAUAUCACAAGGUAGCUGAGUCAUGUGCUUCGCCUGUCGACUCACGUGUCUUCUAUCAUAACGCGGCAGAUGUUGGACUUCAAUAUGGCGAUUGGUUCCAGCUGAUGCGCAACAUCAAGUGGGAUGGUAAGACCUCGGCGGUGGCGCGCGUUGAUCUGCCCCAGUCAAGAUUUGAUAUCAGAAGCUUGGUUCAUCCUGCAGUGCUGGACCAAGCUUUCCAAGUUCUUCGAGCUAGCUCAGGCCAACAGCCCGCAGCCAACGUACCAGUCAGGCUAGAGAAUGCAUGGUUCUCUUCCAAGGCAUGGAAGACACCUUCUGUUCAGUGGAUGUCUGAAGCGACUCCCACUGUCCAUGGCUAUGGGGAACAGGGCAAAGUCAUCGCUUUGGGUGACGAUGGAGAAGUCCUCUGUUGCAUCGACCGGGCAGUGACAUCUGCUGUCUCAGGCGAAGUGAUCCAGAAGGAGAAGAAGCUGGUUUACUCCAUUGAGUGGAAACCACAACUGAGUACGCUCAAUCCGGAUCAACUCACGCAACUAUGCGGCGCCAAUGCUCUGCCCAAGGACGACAGUGCAAUCCUUGCAAACCACUCAAAGCUCUGUCAUACGCUGGAGCUCGUUGCUGCGCGUGUACUGAAGCGCAUUGACAAGUCCAAGGUUCCAGCGGACUUGCAACGUCAUGUUGACUGGAUGGAACAUCAUGUUAGCAAACUCUCUGCCGAACACCAGGAAGAAGUAACCAAGAUCGAUGAUGGAGACCUAGAAGCUCGGCUGGUUGAGGUCGACUCUGUCCUUCCAGCCUGGAAGCUCUACACCACAUGUGCAUGGAAGCUACCUGAGAUUCUGUCUGGCGAGCUUGAUCCUCUGCAGGUCGUCUUUGAAUCUGACCAGGCCGAUAUCUUUUACUCGGAUCUCUUCCGGAACCUGUGCGCUGAUGGCCAGCUCAACUUUCUGCUUGACUUGGCAUCCCACGAGAACCCAGGUUUGAGAAUCCUUGAAGUUGGCGCUGGUACAGGUGGCAUGACAGGACAUGUCAUCUCAGCUUUGCAAGAGCGCGAGAAGCGCACCGGAGGCUUGGCCUUUUCUGAGUAUACCUACACCGAUAUAUCUCCGGCUUUCUUCGAGACUGCAAGCCAAAGGUGGCCAGAUCUCAAGUCUCAAGGCCGUGUCACUUUCAAGACACUCGAUCUAGAUCGCUCCAUCGACAGUCAAGGCUUUGAGCCAGGGUCUUAUGACUUGGUCAUCGCAGCGAGCGUGUUGCACGCUACUCCAUACCUGGAAGCCACCAUACGCAAUGUUCGCAAAGCUCUGAAGCCGGGCGGUCGUCUGAUAUUACUUGAGGUUAUCAAUCCUGAUGAUAUCGCGACCAACUUCAUGGCUGGACUUGUGCCAGGCUGGUGGGUAGCUCGUGAGGAGUGGAGGCCCCAUUCCGCUGCGAUACCAGAGCAUUUGUGGGAUAAGUGCUUGAAGGACAAUGGCUUCUCUGGUAAUGACUUGGUAAUGCGAGAUUAUCAAGAUGAUCAGUGUCAUAUCAUGAGUGUCAUCGUCACAACCGCCAGUGAAAUUCAACAGGCAGUUGAGCGGAAGACGAGAAAGGGCCGCCUGGUCAUGCUGAUCAGUGACGAGGCGUCGACGAAGGAGAGGGAGCUUGCCGAUCAAGUGCGUGCCCGACUGGAUCCUAACAUGGAGCGACGUUCAACUGUCGUGCCGUUUUCACUCAUCAAAGUUCAGAAGGAACUCACAGAUCUGACAAGUGAUGACCUUGUCAUCUGUCUCGCCGAAGCUGGGGACAAACCUCUUCUCUCAGAUCUCUCGGAAGAACAGUUCAGCUGCCUUCAGUUUAUGAUAAGCCAAGUUUCCAACCUUCUCUGGGUCACUUCAGUCAACACCAGCGAUCCAGGAUGCCCAGACUAUAGUGUCGCUCAGGGCUUCUUCCGUUCUAUCCGCGCUGAGCAGCCUGAUACUCACAUCGUCAUAUUGGCCAUAGAAGGCGAGCAGGACGAACGAUCACAGGCUAACAUCAUCUCUGAGGUCUCCAAGACUGCAUUCGAUGACGAAUCUUCGAUAAAGGAAGUCGAGUAUAUUGCUCGUGAUAGUGUCAUCACUAUAGGCCGAGCAGUCCGAGACAUCACCACUGACAACGCACUACGCUCUCUUGUAUCAAAGCAGCUGCGAGAGAAACCUUGGGGAGACGGGCCAGCUUUGAAGCUUUCCGUCAGCCAACCGGGCUCUCUCGAAACACUCCAUUUCGUUGAGGAUUAUUCCUACGCGGAGGGACUAGGCUCUCAUGAGAUCGAGAUUGAAGCUAAGGCUUGGGGUUUAACCUCUCACGAUCUCAACAUCGCGCUCGGUCAUCUAGACACACGUACCGAGAAUUUCGGAACCGACUGUGUUGGCAUUAUCAAGCGGCUCGGCAGCAAGUGUAAUACCUCUCUUCGACCGGGAGAUCGCGUCGCUAUGGUCUCUCCAGGGUGUAUGAGAAAGUAUCCCCGCGCCAAUGAAGCAUGUGUCUUGAAGAUUCCAGACUCACUGAGCUUUGAAGAUGCUGCUUCAGUCAUCCUUCCCGGCUUCACUGCCUGUCAUUCAGUUCUCAAUGUUGCCCGCUUGCAAGAAUAUGAAAAGGUCUUGAUUCAUUCCGCCGCGGACAGUGCAGGUCAGAUUGCAGGCAGGCUCGCUCAGAUGCUGGGCGCUCAAGUCUUUGCUACAGUCUCGACAGCGGCCGAGAAGCAACUAGUCAUCGACACAUUAGGCCUGGCCCCAGAUCAUAUCUUUGACAGUAACUCGUCUCUUACCCAAGAUGUGAUGAGCGUCACUGAAGGAGAAGGUGUUGAUGUGCUGCUCGACUUUUCCCAGGACACACUGCGCACACCGCUGUCUUGCGUGACUGAUGGGGGACGUGUUGUCAGCGUUGGUGGUCGGGAAAAGUCAGAGGCUUCCAAGAUAGCUGCAGAGAUCAUGUCAAGAAAUCUCUCCUUCUCGUCCAUCGAUCUAUUGCGUCUGAAUCCCAAAGUCCUAAGCCAACUGGCAAAGAGAAUGAUGCAGCUCUUGGCAGACGAUAAGAUUCCGCCUCCCCAAUCAUUGCAAGUCUUCAAGGUAUCUGAUAUCGUGGAAGCCUUUAAACAACUACAAGAAGAAGAUACUACGGGACGUAUUGUAAUCACAGCAAGCUCCGAGGACAUAGUUCCACAAUUUGUUCAAGAUUAUCGUCCAUGGGAAUUCGAUGGCGAUUCUACCUACUUAGUGGCUGGUGGAUCUGGAGGUCUUGGUCGAGCCAUCAUUCGAUGGAUGGUCGACAGAGGAGCCAAGCACCUCAUUGUUCCCUCUCGAUCUGGUGCAACAUCUCAAGAAGCCGCGCAGUUGGUAGCCGAACUAACAUCCCGUGACGUCAAUAUCCUCGCACCCAAGUGCGAUGUGUCCAUCCGAGAAGAUGUAGCAGCCAUGCUGGAAGGAUGUGCUCGCACUAUGCCUCCCAUCAAAGGCUGCAUCAACGCAGCAAUGGUUCUCCAAGAUGCCAUCUUCCAGACCAACAUGACAUUUCAACAAUGGGGCCUCACUAUGCGCUCCAAGAUCAACACCUCUAGGAACCUGCAUGAGCUUCUUCCCAAGGAUCUCAACUUCUUCAUCCUCCUCUCAUCUCUCGCUGGAGUAGUUGGUCAAAUGGCAAGCGCAAACUAUGCAGGUGGUUGCGCGUUCCAAGAUGCACUGGCGAAGUAUCGUACAGCGCAUGGCCAGAAAGCACUGUCCCUUGAUAUUGGAUGGAUGCGGAAUAUUGGUAUCAUCGCUGAAAAAGAAGCAUAUCAACGCCAGCGCCAGACGUCGAAUGAUAUGCAGCCCAUCGAUGACAAAGAGCUGCUUGCGCUGCUGACUCUGUGUUGCGACCCGAACAAUUUGAUUGAGUUACCGCCGCUGUCUGAGGGACAAAUCCUUUUCGGUCUCCGAACGCCUGCGGAUAUUCUGGAGGAAGGCCAGCAACCCCCUGCCUUACUGGAACGACCUCUCCUCAGUGCAUUCUCCUACCUGGUGGGCAGUAACAAUUCUUCAGCUCCUGUGGUUGACCACGUUCAGAACGCGAGAGACUUGUUUCAGAAGUCCUCGGACGCCAGAGAGCGACAGCAAGUGGUCAUGCGUGCUAUAGCAGCGAAGCUUGCACGAGCCAUGUCUAUCUCGCCUGACGACGUCGAGCCAAGCAAGCCACUGUCAUCUUAUGGAGUUGACUCACUGAUGGCGGUUGAGUUGAGGAAUUGGAUUAACAAGGAGUUUAGUUCUACAGUAGCUGUCUUCGACAUCAUUGGCAGUGUAUCUAUUGCCGGCGUCGCAGAGGUUGUCGAGACCCGAAGUUCUAUCUAG